UACAAACACUGAAAAAAAUAUGCAAAUUGUGGCCUCCAGAGCAUAUAUACAUCGAGUGAAGCAGAUCGAUCACAGUACAGCUGAUUCCAGUGGAAAACAUCAGUCCAGUGACGGUGUUCUGACCCAAAGACAACAACGCAUAAAAGAAAAUGAAAUUCCAUCUGGCAUUUCUGCUCUUUGGCCUUUUGGCUCUGAGCAACGCAGCUCCGACAACAAAUGAAGCCACCGAAGACGACGAUUUGGUUACAGUGGAGGCUGCUCCUGAUGAUGAUCCCUCACCUGCAAUAUUUCUGAUUGAAGACCCCGUUAAAUACGAAGAACCAGUUAAAGAAGAGGAGCAGACACAUGUGGAACAUGUUGAAGAAGCUCCACCAAGUCCUGAAAAUGAGGUAGUCAACGUUGAAGGAGAAGAUGACCAACCAAAACAUGGACCCGAAGAUGAGGGGAGACCAGACGAUGCAGAAGAUGAGGGGAGACCAGACGAUGCAGAAGAUGAGGGGAGACCAGACCAUGCAGAAGAUGAGGGGAUACCAGACCAUGCUGAAGAUGGCAACGAAUAUGACAAUGAGGAAAAUGAUGAGUCUGAAGAAGACAAGGAAUCUGAAGAUCAAUAAGCUCCCUGCAGACAUCCUGCCUCUCUUCAUUGUUGUUCUGAAACCACCAUGAAGCCUCAAAGACCAGAGAUCGAUUCCAUCUCAGGUCUGAUCUUCAUCAGCGCUCUGACCAUCAUCAUCAUCAACAAACAGCAAAUGUCUGAGGGGAAGGAGAUCAUGUCAAAGUCUGUGACA